AUGAAAUGCACCACCGACUUUCCUAAAUGUGCGGGCUGUGCCAAAGCCAAUGUCGAGUGUGUUUCUGUAGACCCGGUCACCGGUCGAGAAAUUGCACGGUCGUAUGUGGUGAGUCUGGAGUCCCGUAUUGAGGCCCUACAGUCUCAGAUCCGCUCUCUGACGGGAUCUGUCGGCUCAGACACCUCGGAGACCAGCUUUGUCAACAGAUCUGACUCCUUCAUCGAUACCGUACAAAAUUCUACAACCGCUUCUGGGUCCAAAGCCCCGCCAUUAUUUAUGGGUGCCUCUUCUGGCAUUCCUUUCUCCAAGCUGAUGGUCACCGCACUCAACCUUCGUGGCCCAGAUAACAUGGCCCCCAAGAUCCCCACCUCGGACCAGUCCAUCAUGGACCCGUCUGUUUUGAAAGAUUCUGUGCAGAGCUCCAACAUUGCACUGUUGCCGCCAAAACAACAGGCCCUGAACCUGCUUUCGGUCUAUUUCGCCCAGGCCAACGCCCAGCUGCCGAUUUUCCACAGAGAACAGUUUCUGGCCCGCUACUUCCAGCCCAUCUACGGUAACGUCCCCAACGACGUUUCCUUCGCCUCCACCUACACCUCCAUCAACCACAGCUUUUUUAAAGACUACAAGGAAGAAGACACCUGGUACUACCAGUAUACGCAGUAUCUAGACUCCGAGGUGGAAAAAAACAAGAACGUCGACCCGGUCCAAAUAGCCAACUCCAUCGACGUUCCGCAGAAGUUCCACAUCCCGCUCUACUUCAUGAACAUGAUGUUUGCGAUCUCGUCGUCGGCCACGCUGUUGAAAUACCCUGACCAAAUCUCCGAUAACUUCAAAAACGCUGGCCUGUUGUACAUCAAUCUCGUUUACGGCUCGCCGGACCGGUUGGAAGCACUGCAGGGGAUUUUGUGUUUUGCGCUCUACUCGCUAAUGAGACCGGCUGUGCCUGGUAUCUGGUACAUUCUGGGGUCCGCAAUGCGAGUGUGUGUGGAUUUAGGGCUCCAUUUCGAAGGAGACUACCAGUUUGAUGCGUUCACUUUGGAUUUGCGUCGCAGACUGUUUUGGUGCUGCUACGCUCUGGAUAGACAGGUUUGUUUCUAUCUGGGUCGUCCGUUUGGUAUUCCUGAAGAGAGUUGUUUCGUCCCGUUGCCGAGCGAGCUGGACGACGCUUUCAUCGUAAAAGAUACCAACCUCACCGACUACUCCACCAGAACCAGCACCAUGCCAACAUACAAAGCGGUGGCCUUGUCGAUGUUUAAGAUCAGAGAGCUCCAAUCGGAGGUGCAGGGUAUUCUGUACGACAAAAGAGAGCUGCCACGCAGAUUCAAGGACCUCGACGACUGGUACCAGGACAUAACCAAGAGAUUAGACCUUUGGAAAGCCAAUUCGCCAAAAACACCUAGAAAGAUGAACUGCGAUUUCAUCUACGAGUUCUUCCUGCUCAACUACAGCCACACCAAGGUCAUCCUGAACGGACUGUCACCAAGAAGACUCACGCUCAGCCUGGAAAACUACCUCAACGUGCUGGAAGCUUCUAAAGAUAUCAUCUAUUCGUACCACGAGCUCUACCAGAGUCAGGUGAUCAACUACACAUGGGCCGCAACACACAAUCUGUUCAUGGCCGGCUCGUCGUUCUUGUACACCAUCUUCAACUGUGAGCAAGUGAGACAGAGAAUCAGUCUGGAAGAGGUGCAAACGGCAGCCAUGUACUGCAACAUUGUGUUAUCUGGUCUUUCAGGCAAAUGUGACGCUGCGGUGCAAUGCCGCGACAUCUUUGAUCUGCUCGCCGCCGCAGUGAUCCGCAUCAGAUACUCCAACUUCACCGGCAACGAGCCCGUCAACUUGCCGUCAACAGAACAAAUCAAACGGUUCCAACCGGCCAACCACGUGACAGAGAAUCUCAAGAACCUGGUGUCGAGCAUGCCUUCAAAAAUGAAACCGCUCGACGACCCGGCGUUGCUGGGGCCAACACCCAGACCGUACGAAUGGACCACCAACGAGUCGGAGCUCACAAAGUUCUUUGAAGAACUCAACAAGCUGGACUCUGUGCCGUCCAGUCGGUCGCCCAGCGACAGCUACUCGCCCACAAAACUGGCCAGACAGCCUGCCGGCCAGGAGUCUCUCCAAAUGAGCCCGGCAAUGGGAGUUUCCUAUGAUCAGAACGUGGACCGCAAACUGUCCAAGGAAGGACAAAAGAUCUACAAGAUGAUCUUCCAGGUCCCAACAGAGAGCAUCUGGGACCAAUUCUUCGCAAACCCCACUGUUGAUCAGUGA